AUGCCUGAUGCUGCAAAUACCGAGGCCUCGAAGCCUGGGCUGGCAACCAACACCCAAACCCCUCCCCCAACGCCCGUUACUUGCAUCAUCAAUGUGACGGAUGGCGUGGAUAGCACGGUCGAGGCCUUCUUUCUCGAGAUUCACAGCACCGAUGUUGAUGAUGAGAAGCUAUCCGACUUGAGAUCGCUGAUCGUGAAGAACACUCGCUGUGUUGAACUCUUACAGUUUCCCUUUUGCUUGGCGUCAGGUGCCGUAGUUCAAGACUCCAUGUCUGUUGAAUACUACCUAUCCAAAUGCCUCAAGAUAGACGCAAAAGGCCAAGCCAUUGAGGUAUUCAUGAAGGAUGAAAAACUUCCUACAGAGACGGGAUGGAACGACUUUGUUCCCUCGUAUUAUAGCAGUCCAUUGACCGGUACCAACGCGAGGCACGUUUCCGAGCUCGAGGAGAAGCAGUGGGGAGUGGUGGUUGAGACGAACCAGCUCUGCUACGGCAUCAGCACCAUUACCGAAGAUGUGACUAUAGUAGAAAAAGGAAAGAAGAAAACCGAGACGCGUGUUGUUGGGGUGCAGAAGCCCAAGUACCCAGCAUUCCGUUUAGCGACGAGAAAGGUGCUUUCCGACACGGUGGCAAGCAGCAUGGUGAAGAAUGUCGAGUUGGACCUGCGUAUUCCGCGCUAUACGAAUGACGACGUGUCGUACGUGGCGUUUCGCUACUCUACUUCUGCUGCGCAAGAAUCUCUAGCAAGGCAGGGCUUCUCGCAGACCGACAUUUCAGCCUCGGGAAGCGGAGGGGCCUUUGGAUGUAGCGUGGAUGCGUCUGCAAGCUUGUCCGUGGCGGAAAACACUUCGAAUCAAAGCAGCACGGCAACGAGCAAGGGCAAAGCAACAAUGUCGUACAAUUUCCCACGGGUCACCAUGUUCCUCGACGAACUGGGUCUAGAAUUAACCCCCCAGUGUGAGCAAGACUUGAAAGCAAUCCAAGACGCCGCAGGCUAUAGCAGAUUCUUGAAGAGAUAUGGCGAAUUCUUUAGCACCACCGUUCAGCUCGGGGGGUCCCUGUUUGCUUCAGAGGAAUACGAGACGAGCUCGGAUAGCAGCCGUGAGUCAACGGCCAAGUCGCUGAAGGCUGCUGCUGCCGUGUCGCUCGGCGGCGUGGGAUACUCGGGAUCCGUGUCCGCGUCUCAUCAGCAAUCAUCUCAGGACGCGAGGGGCGCCUCUAAUGAGGAGUCUUCCAAAACCCUCAUCUGGGAAGCGAACGGUGGGAACACCUUGCUGUGCAACGACCCAGCCGCGUGGGCGCCAUCUGUGGCCUACUAUGGCAACUGGAGAAUUCUCAAGCAAGGGAGAGUUGUGCGCCUGAUGGAUUUGAUUUGCACGCUGGAAGGCUUCAGAUACGUAAAGGAACAGCUGCCGGUGUGGAAGAAUACAGGCACAGCGGUUGAGUCACCGGUUGGGCAGAGGUUUACGUUGAAUGUCAAGGCGUGCCUUGGGGGCAAGUACAUGGUGGGACAUGGAGGGAGUGAUCCGGGCAAAAUCGAAAUCGGACCCGAGGUUGAGAAACGAACCGGCAAAUUUCUGGCAUGGGAAUUGGCGUCGGCAGACAAAGGCGACGUCGCUACCACGGUGGAAUACGGCAAAGACUAUUAUCUGAUGCAUUGCGAGUCGCAUCUUUACCUUACAUUUUCCGACAUCGCCAAGACGGCGCGGUUGAUUGUGAGCAUGGUCGGUACUCCCAAAAAAGACAAGAACGGACCCAUCUACUUCAUCUCCGGCACAAGGACUCGAGACUAUACUAUGCGCUUUUAUGAUGGCGAAUGCAAGGGUAAGCAGGGGACGAUAGAGACUGGCGACACCGUCACCCUCGAGUUCAAGGGCGCGUCGGGGUCCCUUGGGUUUUUGGCAGCGGAAACCUCUGGCCAAGACAAGAUCUAUGUGACCAAAGGCACCGACGGGUACUCUCCGCUCAAAUUAAUAUACAAGGAGACGGCGACCCCAUCAGAGUCUGACGGGUCUGCCGACACGAAACCCAUCUCGUCUGCAGGCCCUCCGUCAGCGAAGCCAGUGAUGGCGUCGGCGAGGCGAGAGACGGCUUCGUCGGCGGUGCCGCAGAGCCGGAGCCCGUCGCCACCGCCUAAAAAAGAGAUGCCCGUUUGUAACGUUGAUUUGAGCGAGCCGAUAACCUGA